AUGGAUUCGUACAGAGACGAUUCUUUUGCCAGCCAUCGUCCGACCUCGUCUGCCGUUGAUGAAAUGCAGCCCUCCACAGAAAGGGUCGCCAAGCAGCGCAAACAGCGCAAGCGACCAAGUGCGCCUGAGCAGUCCGCGAGUCAGGAAGGCCUAGAGAAGAAAGAGCGCCGUCGACGGCAGCUGUUGCUGGCGCAGCGGGCAUAUCGAGCACGCAACAGGGCUCACAUUCAGGCACUUGAGAAACGUGUCGCGCGACUAGAGUCUGCUCUUGAACGAACAGGCCAGGCGAUCAUUUCGUUUACCGAUACUCUUGUUGAGCCUCAAGCCCUUGCUUCGCAUCAGAAGAUUGCAUACCACCUUCGCGACACUGUGAAGACAUGCCUCGAUAUAGCGAAUGACUACCUGGAGGAUGUUGCUGGAUCAAAUCCACCCGAAACAUCGCUGAUCGGUCACACAUCAAUCGUUCCGCAAGCAAGUGCGAGAGAUGAACAAGAGGAAUGGCCUCUUUCGGAAGGCCAUGCUGGCUUAAGCGUGCUGUCUCGUAAUCUACUCCCCCCGUCUGCACUAAACGGUGCAAAGCCAGACGACGUCAACUGCAUUCCCUCCUUCAGGCUAGGCGGAGCCGGUACUCAUUACCCUGAGGUUGUCGCAUCAAACCAGGUGGGGUCGAGAUCGGAGCAACAUGAUCCUUCUAUGAUCCACGAUACUUUAUCGUCAUUUUCGCCGGAGGCUCAGAAAGACCUUGAUGGACAGUGGUUUGAUCUAUUUGAUCUAGUGGGUUUUCUACGAGCACAGGGAACUACUCUUUCAAUGGUGCCACCAGUCGAUGAUACCACACAUCGUGCAGUAAAUGCCGUGGAUUUCACAGCAGCUUUGAUCGGGAAGGGAAUAUGUCUAGGUGACACUCCUGGGUUCAAGCGGAGCGAUGUCGAAAUUGCAAUCGACUCUUCGUUGUGGAAAUAA